GUGCAGCUUCCCCUCGAGGGCGCGGCGGAGUUCCGCGGCGGCGCCGUCGUGGGCCGGUGGCGCCGGAGGUGGGUGCGCGUCUCGCCCGGGCUGCUGCAGGUCUUCCACCGCGGCGCCGGCCGCGCGGAGGGCUCGGCCGGCGCCCUGGAGCUCCUGGUGAGGCUGGCGGGGCCGCCGUCGUGCCCGGAGGUCCGGCAGGAGCGCCGGGAGCUGGCAGUGGCGCUGGCGGACGGGGGGCGCGCGCGGCUGCGCGUGGGCUCGGUGCCGGAGCUGCGGGCAUGGUCGGGGCCCAAG